AUGCGUCUUCCAUUUUUAUUUUUGGCCCUUCUGGUAUUUCAGCUUUUUGGCCAAGAAGUUCAUGAGCUUCAAUCGGAAUGUUUAAAUGAAGCGAGGCUUAUGAGCAAGUUGUUAACAGAACGGGAGUAUAGCAAACACAAAAUACCAAAAAAAGGAGGGAUCACAGUGAGCGUGGAGUUUUGGAUUCAGGAGAUCAGUUCGAUAUCAGAAAUGACAAAUGACUUUGAAAUGGAAAUAUAUAUCAACGAAAUGUGGACGGACCCGAAUCUCAAGUUCUCGCAUCUCGGUGCAUGUAAAGCGAACCUCACUCUGUACGAGCAAACCCUGAACAAGUUAUGGAAACCGAAUACCUGCUUCGUGAAUUCGAAAUUCGCUGAGAUUUAUGAGUCACCGUUUCAAAAUGUCUUCCUGACUCUGUUCGAUAAUGGGACGGUUUGGGUGAACUAUAGACUUCGUGUCAAGGGACCAUGUGAAAUGGAGUUGACUAAUUUUCCGAUGGAUACACAGGCAUGUAGGCUCAACUAUCAGAGUUUCUCCUACAACAAUGAAGAAGUUCGACUCCAAUGGAACAGUCAAAGAAAGCCAGUUUUCGCUAUUCAGCCUGAUUACCCAGCUGGAAAAUGGGAUGAGCUCAUUGUGACAUUUGUGUUCGAACGUCGAUACAUGUGGUACUUCUUGCAAGCCUACCUCCCAACUUUCUUUUCUAUUUUCAUCAGCUGGAUUGCGUUCUCUCUAGGGCCACAAGCCAUUACCCCUCGGACAAUGAUCGGAGUCAAUGCCCUUCUCUCCAUGAUUUUUCACUUCGGCUCCAUUAUGAAAAACUUGCCAAAGGUAUCCUAUAUCAAAGCAAUUGAUGUCUGGAUGCUCGGGUCAAUGUUGUUUGUUUUUUUGUCACUUGUUGAACUGGCGGUCGUUGGGUAUACUUUGCAAAGAAGACGUGGAAAGGAGCACAUCGUUGAGAUAAUAGAUCAGUUCGCCAGAUAUUUAUUUCCAGCUGGUUUUAGUCUUUUCAAUAGGGAUUAUACUUUCUCUUCUCUCUGUCUUCUCCAGCAAUAA